AUGACGAUCCAAUCUCGGCAUCGAGAAAUGCUCUCCGAUUUUUCGGAUGCUAUUGAUCUCGUGUUCGAAAGCCGGAAAAAAGGUUCUUCUCUCGAGUUGGAAAUUAUAGAAACACAGUUAACCGGAAAAGAGAUCCAAAAUUUCUUGAAAUUAAAACGAUCCAAGAAAUCAGGAAAAAACGAAACGAAAUAUAAAUUAAUUUUGCAAGUAGAUCGUAGUAUGAUGGAAAAGUAUUCCAUUUCAGUGAUUCAAUACAGCAAAGAGAAAAAACAAGUUUUGGUACAAUUGCUUGUAUAUAAGAAUAAUAAGGGAGAGGCAACACAAAAUAUGUUCUUUAUUGGAAGAGGAAGCCUUACAAGUCCUCUCCUAUUUAUGAUUGAUUUACCUCAAAAGCUGCAUGGUUUACCUCUUUCUAAAAUUACGGAGAAAAUAUUUUGUCCAUUUUCAGAGAAAACAUGUUCAUUGAUGGAAAGUAGAAACUUGGACUUUAUCAUGUUGAAUCCAGAAACCUAUUUGAUUGAGGAACCGUCAUUGCAGUUGAAGAAUGUGUGUGAAGAAGCUAUUUCCAAAUUGAAAGAUAAAUCAGCAAAUGCUCCUGAGGUUGUAUACCAUCAGAAGGAAAUCUUCUUAAAGAAAGAUUUUGGGUUUGGUUUGGGGCAAUUUUAUGAAAAAGGUGUUUCUCCUAACGAUGAUAAUAACAUGAACAACGACUACACCUUUCCAGAUGGAUGUUCAUUCUUGAAUGGAAAGUAUAAAAUUCCAGACAGAUAUCGCUAUUUGCGACUCAUGUUUGAGGAAUGUGUGGAAUUAAAUCUGCCCUAUGUACGACAAGUACACAGCAAAGCAGGACAUUUUAAAUCCUAUAUUUACGUGCGAGGAGAUGUCAGAGAAAUCGAGGAUAGCAAGACGGGCCAAACAGCUGCAUCGAUUGGUGUUAAACGCUUAACUACUUGGAAACGAUUAUUCAUAUUAAGGGAACAAAGAGGCUGGAUUGAUUGUUUUAAAUUUUAA